AGGACCUCCAUCGCAGAAAGCUCAUGAGACUUGUCCAGACUAUAUAUGUUCCGUAAAUUGUAUUUGCAUGUCAAUGCAGGUUUUCAUCAAUCAAUCUCACAUAUACAGCGAAGUAUUGCCGUCUUUCUUGUGCGAAGAGGGAUUAGUUUUCUCUUCUUUCUAGGAGACUGAUCACAGUUUGAGUUACGCAUUAGGACUGAUCGGCACUUAAUGGUGAUGCAUCAUUCAUUCUCUUCGAGCUGAAAAAUUAGCCGUGUUAUUGAAAAACGUGUAGAUCUGGUGCUUCCGGAAACAUUCGAGCCUACUCCGCUGCUAGACGACGAUUCUGUCGUCUGAGCUUGAAUUUGCGCGCUGUAGUGACCAUGAUGACUUUUAGUAUCCGCUCUUAAGCCAGUGACGUAGAUGCAGAGUGGAGGGAGGUUUCUGUGUGAGUAGUUUAGAUGGACACCGCGUUGUGGUGUGACCAAUCCUCACCCUUUUAGCGUGUGUGUCGAUUUUUAAAAAAUCGGCAUGUAGCUGAUUCUUUUGGUUCAAUGAGGAAUUGCAGCAUGUUAUGUCGAUAUGUAAUUGUCCAUAGUUCCAUCUCCUGGUCCAUUGAGGUGCUGAGUAUUGAAACAGCUCUCCGUUGAGCAGAGCAGAAUGGAGGUUGCGGUUGAUGUGGAUGCCACUGAAUACCCUGGUUACAUCUCUUGCAUGUUCUGCACUGCUAGAUGCUUUAAAUUGCAUGCCUCACAUGGAGCUGUGAAAGCCAGCUCCAAAGUAUGUGCAGGUUCAGGCAGUUCACGAUCCCGCGAGUCACUUCAAGCGGGAGCACAGAAAAAUAGUUCUAACCGUAAGCAUCGAGCACCGUUCUUUGUGAAGACGGUGAAAAUCACGACCGUCAGGAAGAAGAACUGCGAGUUGCAUUUGCCAGCAUUCUUCUUCAAGGACUACGGUGACAUGUUCCAGAAAUUUGUGUUGCUACAAGGACCGAGUGGUCAAGUGUGGCCAGUGAACCUGUGCGUUAGCUGUGGGAGCACCACAGGCAGGCCCACGGUGAGGUUUUCACGAGGAUGGAAAGAAUUUGCCCACGAUCAUCACCUGGAGCUUGGAGAUAAGCUCAUCUUUACACUCGCCUCCUUCUCUCGGUUCAGCGUCCAGGUAUUUGAUCCCCUUGGCAAGAAGAAACAGACCUCCAGCACGGCUGUGAGUGGCUGGAGCUUUCGACGAGAAGACUUGAUGGAUGAUGAAAUUUCAAGGAAGAAGAAGUCUAUCUUCGUGAAUUGGCAAAACAAAAUUGUUCGGGAGUCAACACCUGUAUUAGGUGGUAACGAUGUAUCGAAGAAGAGUGCAGUCGCUGGUAAUGGGCACGCGUCGAGGAUGGCGAUGCUCUGCCGCCAUCUCAAACAAGAAAACAAAAAGAUGGAGAAGAGGAAUGCUCUCAUCGCCAAAUUUCGAACUCGCAGUCAGGAGAAAUCUAUUCCACUCAGUUUACUCGGUCAGAAAGUGAGCUUAGGAAGUGGCAGUGCAUCCUCGUCUGAUUCAGAUGGAAGUUUUUACUUGAAUGAUGAACAGGACUAUGACACGAAGUUAUUGGAUUGGGAACCUCUCGAAAUCGCGUCUCCUUCUCGGAUCUGGCCACUAGCUUUCAACUCCAACGAUUCCUCGACAGCUAUUGUCACAGCGCAGCAACAGAAUUCUGUCGUAGACUCGAGAACUCAGCCUGUGAAUCUGUCGAGAACCUCGAGUCCAAGUUCACCCACUUCGAGUAAAUUUCAUGGUGGUCUUGAGAAUAGUGAACAGGGACAGUGCAGGUCCAAUAUUGUGGACCGGCUAGAGGACGAGAAAGAUCUCCUGCAAGCUUGCUGGAAGCGCAAUCUAAAAAGCACAACUUCUACAGCAUGGCCAUCAGGGGAAAUGCGUCACGACGUUCAACCUUCACCUCGUUCUCACGUUUUCAAUGUGCGUCCAAUCAGUGCUCUGGAGGGACCUCAUGAGAUUGACGCUGUGUGCACACCUUUAUCGCCAACCCUGAGUCUGUCACACUAUUUAGAGUCAUCGUCUCCUGAAGCAGUUCAAAGUCGCCAUGGCCCGGAGAGUCGUCAAUUACAGCAGAGGUUCAGUUUUUCUAAUCAGGAUCUUGCAGUGCGGAACCACUCGGAUUACAGAGGACAUCGUACUCGAGAUUGUUCGGACAACUCGGGGUCUGUGAGUGAAGACCUAACACUUCAGUCAAUCCAUGCUCAAAGCGCCAAAAUACCAAUUGGGGGUAUCUCAAACUCAUCCAACCGCUCGAGUGUUACGAUUGAGAAAUGUACUCAUUGGAGUCGCAUCCCUCUAGAAAACCGUCAAGUUCGUCUGUUCGAUUCUGCACAUGGAAUCAAGUCCUCCAGGGUUAAGGAGACCAACGUGCCUUCCUCAAAGAAUCUCAGCUCUGAUUUGGAGCUGAGAACACAAUCUUCUUCCAAGAUGCCUCUCAACUCCUUAAAGCCGACUUCAUCCAGAAACGAUCUUAGUCUUGCAUAUUUUCUGAAUCAGCCGCGGCCCAAUGCACGGAGACAGAGUCAUGGGGAGGAGAGAAUAGCUGCUGAUCAGUUUACAGGAGGUACUUGUACAGAUGCUAAAGGGAGUAUUUCUCAAAGAGAAGUUGAUCACGUGGUUACAACCAUGGGUCCCUCUCUCCAAAAGACUCAAAAAAUUGUUUCCUUUACGGACGCAUUGCCGAGCGGCGCAGUAUCGCUCCAGAAUCCCUUGGAUGUCCGUUCUUCAGAUAAGUCCAAUGUAUGCCGUAAUGAGACAACACUGCGAGUUGAGAAGGCGGGCCAGAUGCAACGUCCAGCAGAGUUGCCUGAAACCAAAACGGCGAGGUGUUGUGCAAACGAGAAUUUCAACAUUUGCACCACAUCGUCUGAAAGCAAGGAGAACAUUCCAACCGAAAUUCCUGCCAGCAUCGGCCCCCUCGUAGUGUUCAAUUCGUCAGCGAGGGUUGAAAAUUUUCCGAAUGAGGUCGACCGCUUUCAGCAAAAAGAACUUGGAUUAACCAGCAAAAGGGGUGGAAAGGAGAACAUCAAGUCUUCCACUAAAAGGAAUAGAACUGAAAAUAGAGUAGCUCCUUUGGUUCUGACCGAUCACAAUCGCAAUCCACAUCAUCAAAAGAUGACAACAAUCACAAAUGUUUGCGCAAACUCACCUACUAAAGAAAAUAAGCCUGCGCUUCCGCAUCGGAAGGAUGUGGGCAUAACGGAGUAUUUGGAACAAAAACGGAUUGCUAGAAAGACACGUCCAAGAUUGAAAAAGAAGCCUACUCCAGGAGUCAGCAAUGUCGCAGUGUCACAGAUCAAGGCUGUUUUUACUACAGAAGACAUCAAACCUUUUGUCAAUGCCAGUAGCAACUUCCAGCUUGAUUCGUCGUCAAGGAUAAGGAGCCAGAUCAAUGCCUCGAACUCCAGAAAAACAACACCCAUGGAAGAGAAGGUGCAGAAACUAGGAGGGACUUUUGGUGGUAUGGAGCGAGCUCAAACAUCACACAUGAAGAGCAGUAUUGGGAACAGGUGUGAUCUCGUUGAGCUCGAUAGUAUUGCCAGUGAAGACAAUGAAGAUUCAGCGGGAGGUGACAUUUUCGAAGUCGAAGAGAGCUGGGAUACUUGGAGGGAGAUUAUUCGACAGCGAGACGCGGCCUCGUCACAUCAUUUGCGCACACCGGUGAGGCUCAAACCAAGAUGAGGACUAUGGACAUCGAUUCAGCGUUUGACAAACAACAGUAACCAGACAUCGGCUUUGCUCUCGUUUCGUAUUUUAUUAGUCGUGCUUCAGGAUUUUCCUAAGCAAAUGUUUCCAUGACCCUGUUCCAGAUUUGGAGGACUCCAGAGUGGAUUUUGCGCAAUACUUGCAGCCCAUCUCGAAUUAAAAGCACUUGGGAAAUUUUCUAGGUUCUUCACGUUCAUGUUUUGCUCUCCAACGGAACAUGUGUGUGCUCCAUUCCUUGAACAUUUGUUGAACCAGUCAUUAGUUGCCAUUUUUGAGCAGAGAUGUGUGACGUGUUCUAGUUAAACCGUCAGACAAUGUUGCCAUGGCAAUGAAAAGAAACUCUGAAAAAUUGUAUCAUCAUGUGUUAUAUUCCUGCUUUUCAUGAGAGCUCGAGAUAUUGCCACGCCUUCAAAAUUCCUGCAUUCAUGUAUCCAUGGAAUCACGACAACAUCGACUGGCAAAGAGACCAGAAACUCUACACCUUU